GUCACAGUGAAGAAUGUUACCUGUCCAGGAUACACAACCUGGCGCAGAGAGACUCUGGAGAAAGAACAUGCAUCAUGCAGAAAUUAUCAGAAAGAACCUACCUUUACUCAAAAGUGACCUGCACCCAGACGAGGUGCUUGACGACCUGUGGUCUACCGGAGCAUUCAGCGACUUGGAGUAUAGGAGCUGUAAAGAAGAAGACAAGAAACGUGCACAGACUGGAAAGCUGUUGGACAUAUUGAUGAAGAAGGAAGAGGAUGUGUAUAAACAAUUCUGUGCUGUGCUACACAAUAACCACAGACACCUCAAAGAGCAGUUGGACAAAACUGCGAAACAUGAAGAUUCACCAAGCCUGGUGUUUGUCAGUGAGACAGAGAUACAGGAGCGGGUGUCUGUAAUGGAACAGAAAGUUGCUGUCUUGCAGAAGGACCUAGAUGAUUCGAGACAAAAUGCACAACAUACCAAGGCUGAAUGGGAGAGGGAUGUCAAAGAAUUAAAUGUGCAGCAUGGACAGCAGGAAACAUCUUUAAAGAAGGAAAAUCACAUAUUGUCCCAGCAGCUGGAGCAGGAGAAGAACAGGACGAAAGCGGUUCAAGCAAUGUACGACAAGAUGAAAGGAAAAAAAAAAAGUUUGUCCAAGGAUUUGAAGAAUAUUCAGCAAAAGUUUGAAGCCCUUACCACCAUUCACACUGACAGAGAGACCAGUGAAAAAAGAGAUUCAUUAACAUCUGAAGCGACUCUAGUGGAGGAAACUGGGUGUGUUCUGAAAACUUCUUCAGGUUGUGACACCAGACAACUGCUCCUGUUGCCAUGUCUCCAUGCCGCCUGUAAACCCUGCAUUGACCAGCUCGACCAGCAGAACAUUAUGUGUUCAUGUGGACGAGACAUCAACAUGGUGGAGGAAAGUGGAACAGUCGACUUCGUGAGAAGAAAUGAAAUCACAUUUGCAAAAGAAAAACCUGAAUGUGCAUACCAAACAGAACAAUGCAAGGGGGAGGUUGUACAUCAUUGUAAGGUGUGCAACAUAUCUAUGUGUGCUAAUUGCACAACGAAACACGAGACGACAAGAGCAACCUCUGAACACACGGUUGUACAUGCUGAGGAGUUUAAGAAAAUGCCAAUUCGGGAACGACUAGGUCUCUCGACCUGUUCAACUCAUCCUCGUGAAUAUGUCAAAUAUUUUGACAAAAAAUGCAACACAUCAGUUUGCGAUGUGUGUAUCAGAGGAGACCACGCCGACCAUGGCAAUACAGCACUGGAUGUAGCAUUUAAAAAUACUGAAGAGAGUCUUGUAAACAAAGUUCGUCAGCACAAGGAAUAUCUGGAGAAGAUAAAGGCCUCCUCCAGACAGAAACAGACCCGGGUUACAGAGCUGGAGGAAAGGGCAGAUCAAGUGAAGAAGGAAAUAGUUAAUGUCCAUAGCGGCCUUGCUCUGAGUUUGGUUCAAAGGUUAAAGCAUCACAUCCAGAAAAUAGAAAAUCAAGUAGAGGAAAACAGAAGUAUUCUCCGGAAAGAUAUGGAAUGUCUGGAAACCAGUGGCUCAGCUGUACUGACUACAUUACGUUAUGCUGAAAGAGCCAUGGCAUCUACAACACACGCCCAAUUCAUGAAUCUGUCAUCUACCAUUGUCAGCAAGAUAGACGAAGACCUUCUCCGCUCUCUUCCCGAAGAUUCAGUGAAGUCACAGUCCAUGAGUUUCAUUCGUCAAGGACAAAAAGCUCUUCACGAAUUAGUUGAAAUAUUUGGCACCAUUAGCACCUCUGACAAGGGCGUAGAUGAACUAGAUACCAUGCCGACCAUAACAGAAUUGCAAAAUGAGAUCGUCAUUUUCAAAGAUCAGGCAAAGGACUUCAAAAUGAAGAGGAAACGCUUGAUAGAAAAUGCCACGUUCUUAAACCUGGAAUCCCUAGGAAUAUACUUCCUGGAUGCAGGAAAGAUUGACUGGUCAUCUAUCCUUCAGUGUAUACAUCUGAAGUAUGACAAAGACAGAGUCAAUAUCGUCUACGUCCACAUCAACACAGAAGGAAACCUGGUCAACAGGAAGUCGGACACCAGACCUGCAGGGGAGGGGAGACUGAAGAAGUACGAGGGCACGUGUAGCACUGCCCCCCUCCCCCGGGCCGGCUGUCCCCAGUACUGGGAGGUGAUGAACAGGGUCAGUCUGGACAAACCACUUACAGGGGACGUCCUCAUCCUGGAGGUGGGUGUAUGUGUGGAGGAGCAGAGGGACGUGUAUCAUUGUAUAGGUAGUCAACUCAGCUCCUGCGGCAUGCUGGUCUCCUACUGUCCUACACACGGCGGGAUAUGCAGGACGACAUGGAAGGAGGGGGAGCAUGUGCUGUGUCUGCCUGACCCUCUCCCCAACACAACAGGGGUAUCACACACACUACAUUACGGUGUUGUCUAUGAUGACACCAGGAAGAAGAUUGCCUUCAUGGAUGUGAAGGAGAACAAAGUGAUAUCGACGUUAGACAAUGUAGACUCUAGUCAGCCACUGUGGCCGAUGUUCGGGGUGUAUAACCCACAUCUCCUCACUGUCAGCAUGACACUUGUAGUGGGCAGCGACAUCAACAUGACAGAGGAGAAGAAAGCAAUAAUUGCCAAGGCGCUGUCGUGAUGGUGACAAUGAUUGUCAAGGCGUUGUCGUGAUGGUGACAAUGAUUGUCAAGGCGCUGUCGUGAUGGUGACAAUGAUAGCCAAGGCGCUGUCGUGAUGGUGACAAUGAUUGUCAAGGCGCUGUCGUGAUGGUGACACUGAUUGUCAAGGCGUAGUCGUGAUGGUGACAAUGAUUGUCAAGGCGUUGUCGUGAUAGUGGCAAUGGUUGUCAAGGCACUGUCGUGAUGAUGACAAUGGUUGUCAAGGUGUGGGGGCGGAACUAGCCUCUGAAAUAACUGACUGGCAUUUUCUGUCAUUUCUUUCAAACAUUAUAUUUGUUUGGAAUAACAGAAACAUGGUUUCAGAUUAGCUCGGGCAGCAAACCACGGAAGACUGUCAGGAGGUAUUACCCCCAGUUCGAGAAAAUCAUCAUUCAAUCAUAGAUAUACCUUUACAGGAGAGAACGCUAUUUUCUUAGUGCUGCACAAGUCUUUGUUUGAUUUAGAAAAGGGUGUCUUUAGUGUGUUCUUAUAUCAAUCCUGUGAUUGCGUCUCCACCAUUGCUUACACAAUGCUCUGCAUUCGAUGUCAUGUCGAGGUCAGACUCGUUACACCUGCCACUAACUUAUACAUUUUGGUCCAGAAACUGAACUCUCAUCUGAUGGAAAACAUCCAACCUCACCACACACUGACGAUCCUUCCGCUCAAACAGAAGCUUGAAUGACGAGUUGAUUACAGAUUUUACGAACACUUCCAGACUCUUCCAGACUUCCUGAUUUUUUAGAUACAGACUUGAGAGAACACGAUUGACCGUAGCCUUACUACAAGUUGUGACCACAAAAUAAUUUAAUGGUCUCUGCUACAAGGUUGCCCUGUGUGUUUAGUAAGCCUGCCCUUACAAAAGGCAAGUCUAGAUAAGUGAACUGUACGCCAGUCUUGCAGGGACAACUUGUUCUUAUUAUUUAUAUACUCUAGAAAUUAGCAAAUAAGUCUGAACACAUGGAAUGAGCUACAUGUAUUUUACUCACUCACUCAGCCACUGAUUCACUCACUCGCUCACUCACUCACUCAGCAACUGAUUCACUCACCACUCACUCUGUUUCACUGGUUCACUUACUCACCCACUCAUCAACUCGCUUGCUCACCAAACCACUCAACUCACUCUCAUUCACUCGCUCAUCUUUGAUCAAUAUAUGUCGACUGUAAUUAUUUCCCAUUAAACACAGUUACGCGACGAAAUAUGUUUUUUAUGGAAUAAUAAUCACUGACCUAACCAGAAAUACCAGUUUUGUAAUAUUUCAUGUCCGAAUAAACAUAUGUUCUUUACUGUAAA